UCGGCGGUCGCAGGCCGCGCAUGCGCACAGCCCUAGCCCGGUACAUCACAACUUCGACCAUUUUUAUAAACAUCGCGCACUCUAUGCUUUGAUACCAAGUUAACCUGUAAUUUUACCCCGCAAAGUGUAACACUGACUUGACUGAAUAAUUAAUGUGAACUACAAUCCCGUGCUAGAAAUAUGAGGCUGCCGAUUUUUGAUAUGCCGAUGAAGAAGUCGUGCAAGCCGGCGAUGCUGGGGCGCGUGUGGGCGGCCAGCAGACGUGCACUCAGCCUGGAACACGCGCCGCCACAUCAGUUCGCCUGCUGCCAGUGGCAGGCCGGACACAAACCUUCCUUAUACUACCUCACAUAUAGAUGGUUGGUGUUCCUGACGGUGACAUCUAUAGCGGUGGCGAGCUUCGCGUGCCAGCGUCUGCCGCGACUUUACAAGGGGCCCAAGGUGGAGCUAAACUACUUUAAGUGGUUUAUCUACUUCACCAACUGGGGCUACCUCCUGAUCGCACUGCAGGCAGCACUCGCCCUCGCCGUUGUACACCGCUACAGAAAUGAAAAGAGUCUUAAUAUUAGUUGCGAUGAUGACGAGAUCCAGAUGCCGCGUCGUCAGAAGACGCCGGUGCUGUGCCGUAUGUACUGGCUGGCGCAAACUGUCGCCACUGACCUCGCUUUUGUCAUCACGCUCGUAUACUGGACGCUUGUGCAUGACCCUAGAAUACACGAGAUAAACGCGCUGAACCUGUUGGUACACGGCGGCAAUUCGCUGGUGAUGUUGGCUGAGCUAGCGGUGACGGCGCACCCGGUGCGCGCCGCUCACGCUCUCUACGGCGCCGGCGCCGGCCUCGCCUAUGGCCUUUUCAGUGCCCUCUACUGGGCACUUGGUGGCACCGACCGCCUCGGACUGCCCGCUAUAUACCCAACCUUAGAUUGGAAUAAACCUGGGUCUGCGUUCGGUUUUGUAGCGCUAUGUGCUGUGGUGAUGAUGUUUGCGCACGGCGUGGCGACGUGCCUAGCAGCGGUGCGCGCCCGGGCAGCCGCGCGACUGCGCCCCGCCGCUCAUGACCGUCUCGCCCUGCCCGCGCACUGAACCAACACGCAUAAGGAUAAUAAAUAAUACAUCUAUAGAAGUGAUCAUUAUCCUCGAACUAAAGUUAAUUGAGUCUGCACAAAGCUGUUACAUCGUUUCAAAAUGAGUACCAUGGACUCGCUUGUAUUGUACUUUCACCUGCAAAUAACAGCGCCUGAUGAAAUGCAAGUGGCAAAAAUAAAUCAUCUGAAUGAUAUGUUUUAGUGUGCGUGUUUCGGCAGUGUAUACACACGGUGUUAUAUACAUCUGUAGUGGUAACAGCAGAGUGCAGAGAAGACAUUGUAUAGAUCCACGGCUUAAGUCAUGCACAAAGUUUCACUUCUAAUUUCUAAUAUUUAUUAUUCUUAUGCUCGAAGUGUUUAAUUAUAAGUAAAUAUAGAUGUGUUCUAUAUACGUAGCGCGAUGUGAUUUCAAUUAUAUAAGUGUAAAAUAAUGCACGUUUAUGUAAAAUGCAAGCUGGCAUAUUGCAAAAGGACGCAUGGAUGCAUGUUAUGGUAAACUCAGUAUUAUUAUUUAGAACAAAAGAUAAAAAGUGAUAUUUUAUUUCGAAAUUUUUAGAUGUCUAAUUUAAUUAUUUUCUACAUUUUAACUAAAAAUGUGAUAUAAAUUCACCUCCUUCAUCAAUUAUGAUUUAGAGAAUCUCAUAAAGCACUAAUCUAUCGAUACCUUAGAAUGUUAUACCAAUGAUUAUUUUAAGUCGAAAAAUAUCAUGUGAAAAAUGGAUUUUAAUUACUUUUUUCUUAUCAGAUCCUACAAAAUAUCUUCAAGUUAUUAUACUUUUUUUAUACUUUGAAAUUUACGAAUGUUAUCGUAAUUUUUAAUUUGUCUAAGAUUAAAAACUUUUUAUUAGGAUCCAGAGUGCGAAGUGCCAGUAGUCUAUUUCUACUAAAAUCGUUUGAAUUUCCACUUGUAUGUAAUUAAAUGGAUAGGAUUUUAAGUUAAAAUAAAUGGUAUUGUUCCUAGCCUAAUGAGAUAUUUAGGCGUCAUGCUGUGAUCAGAGCAUCAUUUAGCUUUAUAUAGCUCAUUGUAGAACAUUUUUGUGAUCUUGAGAGCAAUAAUGACAAAUCCAAAGAUUUUAAUACAUUAUUACUGUAAUUUCACUAUAAAAUCUCAAAAACAGUAUAGACCUGGACUCAUUGAAUAUUAAAGAAAAACUAUGAUUAAUAUUCAUUUUAAACAAAUUCCAUUUUUAAAAUUUUUGUGGCUGCAUCCCAGUAGUACCUUUACCUCAUACUUAUAGUUCAAUAGAUAUGUUAGGAUGUUCACAUUGCUUUCAAAUGUUAUCCUAAUAGUUCUAUAUAGUACUAUAGUAUAAUUGUUCCUCUUGACUUUAUAAAAAUAUAAAAAUUAAAAACUUCAUAUUUAAACUCAACUUACAAACAAAAGAAAUCUUCAAU